UGUGAUCGACUUGUUUGACUUACCUGAUUGAAGUCAAUUUAGAUCUUUCUAGUUUAUUUUAUAGUUACAAAAAAUAUCAUGUUAAUUAGUAUGUGCAUUGUCGAGAAUCCUCUAAUAUAUUGGGAAUCGUAAUCUCGUGUGUCAAGAAUUUAUGGUCUCGUGUUGGUCGAUUAGAAAAAAAAAAAAAUUUGGCUUAACUAUGUAUCUGAUGAAAAAUUUUCUCAGUACUUGUGUUUGAGAAUCUUAAUCUCGCGAAUAGUUUAGAUUUGCUAACAGAACAUUUACACCAAUAUCAAUGAUUGAUUGUUCGUUAUAAAUGGUCACACAAAGUGAUGAACGGUUAAGCGAUCAUAAUAAAAUAACCUUAAAAUAGUUUAUUUUUUUAUACUUUUGUUUUGAAGAUGAUGUUGGGCUGUAGUAACAAUCCAUGUUCUUUCCUCCCAACUUGAGGCCAAUUCUUUGGACACAAAGCCCAUCUCAGCCCAACACCAAAUUUUUUUUUGUCAUUUGAUGCCCCUCAAACCCUAGCACCUUUGUCUGUGUUUGUGCCAGCCUGCCUUUGUCAUUUUCUUAACUUCAAUGCUCCACAAACCCUACAACCAAGAAGCCAUUACUGUCUUCUUUCUUUUUGCAGCAAGUUGAAACUUCACGUUCUAAGUGUUUUGCGUCUACGUAAUUGAGCGUUGAAUAAGUAUAAACAGUUGACAAACACCAAAGGUAGAUAUUCCUGCAGGUGCUAUCAGACUAACUAAUUACUUGACGGACAAUAAAACUAUCUCAUAAGCUAUUCGUUGUAUCAUCGAUUUAUCUCAAUAGCUCAAAUGGCCAGAAAAAAGUAGAAAAUAUGCAUUAAAUUACAUUGUUAUAACGUUCCUCCGAACAAAAUUCAAUCAUUGGCGAACUGUUGCACAAAUCCGUCAUUACCGUAUGUUAAUAAUGCCCAUAUGAAGUUCAACAAGAUCAAUAGCUGAACACAUAUAGGAUGGUUCGGUGGUCAUGUAACGAUAUACAAUGAUCUUUUCAAGUGUUGAGCCCAGUAAAUACCAUCCAACUUUUGUUUGACAGCUAUGAUGAAGUUUGACGAUGUAUAUGAAAUUUAUUUCUCGCUGUUCCUAACUAUAACUCAAAUGAUUGGAAUGAAACUAAAUGUAUUCGAAAGCUAAUUAUGUCCAAAAUUUAACGAUUGAAUUAAACACGUAGAGAUUUCACUAACUCCCAAGAUAAUGAGCCCCAGCUAUAUUCCUGUCGAUCCCACUUCUAAUUUUCUCAUUUUGUCAAUCAAUUGGUGGGUUUUAAUUAGACGAGCAAAGAAAUUUAAUUUUGGAUUCAUGAAGAACCCUAACCAGCAUUGCAGUAUAUGGUGUGAAUUUACACCUGGAAAAGAUGUUCAUUUUCAGUUAAAACAACAACAUCUAGGGCUUGUUUUUGGCAAAGCAACAGCUCACUCUUCACAUUCUUUCCCAAUGACCCCUCUCUUUCCUUGCCAAAAGCUAACUUCAGAAAGAAACUAAUCUAUUUUCAUCAAAUUCACUUUCUUUUUUUCUCCCUCUACUUCAACUGGAAUUUCAUUAGUCGAUUAUUUUUAAUAAAUUGAGACUAUAAACUUAUAUGAAUUCUUCGAGUAAGUGUAGCCCUCAAUCUCUACUGACAUUUUAUAUAUCUUUUGACUUUUGAUCUAUGCAAUUAGUGAAUUAUUGUUAGCGAGUCGAGCUAGAUUUCAAACAACAAAAGUUUAUCGUUAAGGAAUCAUGGUAUACAUAUGCCCUAUGAACCAGAUUGAACGUUGUAGGAAUAAAAAAAUUGAACGAAUUGUUAUUUACAUAUUUAAAUGCCUUUGAAAACCGCUUAAUUGUUGCAAAAAUUAAAUAUUUAACAACUUGACAAUCUUGAGAGAUCACACUAACUAAAAAAACUGUCAUUUUGCUAGAUAUCGAAUCAUCAGUUAACAUUAGAAUCGUAUAAUUAAGCAAAUUUCAUUUAAAAAUUAAUGAGAUUGUUAGUAAACAUUGCACAAUUAUGUCAAAAUCGAUCAAAAUUUAGCUAGAUCUUAUGUGGAAGCAUGCUCCAUUAAUUUCCAAAAAAAAUCGUGAGUAAGUACUUAACAAUAUUAACUCAUGAUCAACUUCUAUUCCCUUGUAACAAACACAAAAUGAAGACUAAACUAAACGAAGAAGAUAAGAAACCAAAAAGACACUUCCUAUUGCAAAGAUCAGCAAUGGUGGAGAAGUUGCUUUCUCUAUUUCCCCAUUUCUUCAUUUUUCCACCUCUCUCUUUACUUAAUUUUUCUUGUAUAUAAGUGCUGGGUUAGACAGACUUACAGGCAAAAGAAAGUAAAGAAGGAAUUGCAAGAAAAAUACAGAGCUAUAAAUCGAGAGUGAAAGGGCAAGAGAGAGAGAGAGAGAGAGAGAUGUGUGUUUCUUUGGAAUUCUAAACUUUCCAUUUAGUUCAUAUCUGAUCUCUUCUCACCAGCCAGCUGAUCUCUUCUCUCUCUCUCUCUCUCAGCUGCAGGUUUCUCUCUGAACUUUCUGAUCAGUCUCUCAUUUCAUCAUCAUCAUCAAUUCAUCAUUAUUGUAGAAUAAUAAAUCUUUUUUUAGCUCUCUCCUUGGGUUUUGGUUCUCCUCUGCAUGCUUUUUUCCAUUUUAAUUUGCUGCUCUCUCUUGGUUUUUCUUGUAUUUAUAACCCAACAUAGAAAGGAAUAAGAGCUUGUGAAGGGAGGAAGAGAGGGGUAAAAAAGCACCAAAAAAGGAGCAAGAAUUUAGCUCCUUCUGAAACAAAAUCUUCUUCUUCUUCUUCUUCUUCUUUCUCAAGAUCUCUCUUUCUCUCUUCCUACAAAUUCUUCCUCUCUCUGUCUCUCUCUUGUGUUUUUCUUAUCCUUUUUGGGAGUUUAAUCCCAUAGCAUAAGCUGAUUUGAGAUCUCUACUUCUUUUGUUGUAUAUGAUAUAGUUGUUUCCAUGGCUUUCCCAUACACAAACCCUACUAAACUAGAGCAAGGUCCAAUCUUUUCUCUCUUUAAUCAAAAGGGUUGAUUUUAAAUUUUUGGCUAUACCCCUUAAUCUAGCUUUGUAGCUAAUGUGUAGCAACGAUCUAGCUUGCUAACAAGCCUUAAAUUGAUCUUAAUCAUCCAUUUCAACUGAGAUGGAGUGAAAAACAUGGACAAGUACUUGAUUGUCCAAAAUGAGGAAAGUUUUUUCCUUUGUCAUUUUGGGUCCAGAAAAUGAAAAAAAUCAUUGCACUUUUUUUUACACAUGUAAUUCUAGCUCCAUGAAAACAGUUAAAGGACAGUACUGGAGAAAUGGGUCUUUGUUACUUUGUGUCUCCCUAGCAAGCUCUCGCUAGCUAAGAGCUCUAUGAUAAGACUUCAUACACACAGUUACACCUAUCUUCUUCAUUCAUUCUUCUUGUUUUCUCCAAAACUCUCAAAAAUGGCUCCUCCGUCGAGAUCUGAAGAGAAAAGUCCAAAACUUUGAAACCCUUUUCUCAUUCUUACCUUUGCUUAUAGGUAGAUCUCACAAAUAUGCUUACUUUAUGCUCUUUUCCCCUUUUUAGGGAGUGUAGAGUUUGGAGAAGAUCAAGAAGAGAUCAACAACAGAAGCAGCGGCAACAUGGGAAGGGGGAAGAUCGAGAUCAAGAGGAUUGAGAACACGACGAAUCGCCAAGUGACGUUCUGCAAGCGCAGGAAUGGGCUGCUGAAGAAAGCCUAUGAGCUCUCUGUGCUUUGUGAUGCUGAGGUUGCCCUCAUUGUCUUCUCCAGCCGUGGCCGCCUCUAUGAGUACUCCAACAACAAUAGCAUCAAGUCGACAAUAGAGAGGUACAAGAAGGCAAAUUCCGACAACACCCAUACUGCCUCUGUAACUGAAAUUAACGCUCAGUAUUACCAGCAGGAGUCAGCAAAGCUGCGCCAACAAAUUCAGGUGCUCCAGAACUCCAAUAGCAUGCUUUGCAGGCACCUCAUGGGGGAAUCCUUGGGUUCACUGUCUGUGAAGGAGCUGAAGCAGCUCGAGAACCGGCUCGACCGUGGAAUCAACCGAAUCCGGUCCAAGAAGCAUGAGCUGCUUCUAGCUGAAAUUGAGUAUCUGCAGAAGAGGGAGAUUGAGCUGGAGAAUGAAAGUGUCUGUCUUCGCACCAAGAUAGCGGAGGUGGAGAGGGUUCAUGAAGCAAACAUGGUGAGCGGAGCCGAGAUGAAUGCAAUCCACGCGCUGGCGGCUUCUCGCAACUUCUUUGCUCCACAAAUGAUGGAUCCUCCGCCGCAGCAGCAGCCACAGGACCUUUUCGCUUCCUCCGGCGCCGGCAGCAGCAGCCACCACGGCCAUCACCACCACCACCACGACGAGUCUCCAACUCCGGCCGACAAGGAUUCCGGCCACGGCCACCUCCACCUUGGCUGAUAAUGGUGUUCUCAUGGUCAGCAUGACGCAUGCAAGCACAUCCGCGAACAUGCAUUGCAUGGAAAUGAUUAUUAAUAUAUAAGUCUGUGGUAAUGUGGAAGAGAUUCAAACAAUAAGUGAGCUACGUAGAUUGUGGUGUGUGUUUGUGUUAAUGAAUGAAUACCCUAAGUGGUUAAUUUGAUGAUUACUUUUCUUUAAUAGUGUUUUAAUUUGUUGUUUAAAGAGGGCUUGUUGUGGUGACACGAUUCAUUGAAAUUAUGCAUGUUUUAAGUCGUGUGUAUCACUACAAGAAACAUAAGAUUUUGCGACGGAUGAAUUCGUCACCAAAGUCCAGUUAUCCGUCGCAAAUGCAGUAUCGCAACAAGUUCACGAAACUAUUACUAUUUGCGACGGAAAUAAAUCCGUCGCAAAUGAUGCCCUUCCGCGACGAAAUUGAUUCCCGUCGCUAAACCAGUCUUUUUGUAGUGGUACGAAAGUGAAAUCUUGAGGGCUUUGGCUUAUAGGUGGGCUUUGGCUUGCGAAGAAUUUGUGUGGUGGAUUGUUACUCGAAUUGAUUAGUUGGUGGGUUUGAGAAACCAAUUUUGAAAAUCGAUUCAUCUUUUAUCGAAUCCGAUCAUACCAAAUAAAUCUUAUGAUCAAUGAUCAAUUCGGUUCGAUAAAUUAAUUAAUUAAAA